AUCACAUAACCUUACACUUAAAAACAGUUUUCACUGCUGUUUCUUUUAAAAUUGAAGAAUUUUAUGAAUAAAUACAUUAAAGUUAGCUUUUUUUGUAAUAUUUUGGAUUACAUCACAUGAUAACCACAACAUCCUUUCAAAAUGGUCAGCUUAAACAAAUCUUUUUUUUAUGGAAUUUGCUUUGCCUCUGUUACGUGGCUGAUAUCCUUAUAUUUAUAUUGGCAGUUAAAUAAAUCAUCAAAUAUUGAAACAACAGUAUUUCCAUCUAACAAGUUAGUAAGCUUGCAAAUUAAAGAUAACAGUAUACCUAUGUUUACAACUGGAAAUUUAAAUCAAAAAUAUUCACACAAGCAUCUAACUAUGAAGAAAUCACGUAAAAUUAUAUCAAACGACAUUGAAAGUUUACAAAAACCUAACAGUAACAUUUACAAAAAUAGUGAUAACCUUAUUAAAAGUUUACAACCAGUGUCAAGACAAGUAAAUAGCACUGAAAACAAUUUAGAUGAUUUAGGUAUGGUUAAAAAUCCGGAAGAUGAACAAAUCAGAAAAGAAGGUUAUAUGCUGCAUGCUUUCAAUGUACUCAUAAGUGAAAGAAUGGGGUACAACAGAACGAUCCCAGAUACUAGAAAUAAGUUGUGUCAACAAAUCCAGUAUACUGCAGAUUUACCCACAGCAAGUGUAAUUAUAUGCUUUUACAAUGAACAUUUCUAUACUUUAAUGAGGACAGUACACUCAAUUAUUAAUAGAACUCCGUCCAAAAUUCUAAAAGAAAUUAUUUUGGUAGAUGAUUUUAGUGACAUUCCAAAUUUGCAGUAUAAUGUUAGCUCAGCUAUUGAAAAAGAGUUUAGUGGCAAAGUUUUAUUGUACCGAACUGAAAGAAGAGAAGGUUUAAUACGAGCCCGACUACAUGGUGCCAGGAAAGCAACAGGAGAGGUCAUAGUUUUCUUAGACAGCCAUGUAGAAGUUAAUUUAGAUUGGAUUCAGCCUCUUUUAACUAGAAUUAAGGAGGAUGAAACAGUUGUUGUGACACCUAUCAUUGAUAUAAUUAAUGCAGAUAACUUUAAAUACUCAGCUAGCCCAUUAGUAAGGGGGGGAUUCAAUUGGGGGUUGCAUUUUAAAUGGGAAAAUUUACCAGUUGGAACAUUAGCUAAGCCAGAAGAUUUUAUUAAGCCCAUUAAGUCACCUACUAUGGCAGGAGGUCUUUUUGCUAUUAAUAGACAAUUUUUUAUUGAUUUAGGCGAAUAUGAUGCUGGUAUGAACAUUUGGGGUGGAGAAAAUUUAGAAAUCUCAUUUAGGAUAUGGAUGUGUGGUGGAAAAUUGGAAAUGAUUCCUUGUAGUAGAGUAGGUCAUGUAUUUCGACAACGGAGGCCUUAUGGCGACCCUGACGGUCAAGAUACAAUGCUAUACAAUUCCUUAAGAGUUGCUUAUGUUUGGAUGGAUGAUUAUAAGGACUAUUACUUAAGUCAAAGACCAGAAGCUAAAGAAGCGAAAUUUGGCGAUGUUUCUAGUCGAAUUCAGUUAAGAAAAGAGCUUAAAUGCAAAGAUUUUGAUUGGUAUUUAAAGAAUGUUUACCCAGAAUUAGCUCUGCCUACAGAUAACGAUCAAAGAUUAAAAAAUAAAUGGGCUGCCCUAGAACAGAAUGUAUAUCAACCAUGGCAUUCAAGAAAACGAAAUUACAUUAAUCGGUACCAACUGAGGUUGACAAAUUCGACCUUGUGUUUGCAAAGUAAAAAAGAUCUAAAAAGUAAGGGAAGUUUACUCAUAGUUAAGUCUUGUUUGAGAACAAAGCAGCAGAUAUGGUAUGAGACUGACAAAAAUGAGCUAGUUUUAGCACAACUAUUAUGCUUACAAGCAAAUGAUCCCAAUCCCAUUCUUUACAAAUGCCACGAAAUGGGAGGCGAUCAAGAAUGGAAACAUAAAGGCGAAAGUAAAACUCCAAUUUAUAAUAUGGCUCUGGGAAGAUGCCUCUCAGUGAAUAAAAAGGAAUCUGGUGCUUUGGUUACAUUAAAAAUUUGCACAGAUCCUUCUUCAAGUACAUGGGAUUUGGUUAGAUAAAACAGACUUCUGAAAAUAUUAGGAUAAAGGAGCAAAUAAAUAAACUAGACUGAUUACCUCUAAGAAUCUCUUUGUUUAAUUACUUUGUUUUUAUCAAUUUUUGAAUUAAGUGUUUUGAAAAUUCAUCAAUUGAUGUCUUUACAUAUGUUAGUUCAAUUAAGCAUCUCAGUUUUUGUAUUGAUACAACCAGUUUCUGUAAUUUUGAUAUGUAAAUUGUAUUGUUUUUACUUACAAUUAGUAAGCAAAAACCAAUAAAUAAACUAAUCUAUGUGAUAAGUAUAUAUAGAGUUGUAAUUUACUAUUUUGUAUAAACUUAACGAUUAAAUACAGUUUGAAGUAGGUA